AUGGCCGAGGAAGAUACUAAGGAGAGCUCUACCGAAACCAAGCAAGCCGCCGCUGAGGAAGUUACUUCUUCCGCGAAUGCGGAAGAGCAGCCUAGCUCUAAGCCCACCGAGGCGGAUCCCAAAGACCACGCGAAGAACGUCAAAUCGGACCCCAAGCUUCUUCCCGUUACCGAUGACCCCGUCGCCAUCCGCGGCCAGGUCGAGUACUAUUUUGGAGACUCCAACCUGCCCCGAGACAAGUUUCUCUGGGACUCCACCGGAGGAGAGGAGAACAAACCCGUUGCUUUAAAGACCCUCUGCACUUUCCAGCGAAUGCGCCGCUUCCAGCCUUACACAGCCGUUGUCGCUGCCCUUCGCGAGAGCUCCCGCCUCGUCGUCGAGGGCGAGGAGGAGAAGAAACCAUUAAGCGCAAACGAGGUGGCGACCACUCAAUUCGACAUCGAGGCCUUCUUUGCCCAGUACGGACCCGUCAACUAUAUCAAGCUCCGACGCACUCCCGAAAAGGUUUUCAAGGGCUCCGUCUUUGUCGAAUUCCAGGAUGAGGAACUUGCAAAGAAGUUCAUUGAGCUGGCUCCCAAGUGGAAGGAUGAAGACCUGAAGAUCCUCAGCAAGAAAGAUUACUGCGAGGAGAAGAACCAGCUUAUCCGGGAGGGCAAGAUGGAGCCUAACUCGACGGCUAAGCCUUUCUAUGAGGGCCGCGACGGGUCCGCCCGUGGCCGUGGCCGUGGCGGACGCCAGAACGGACGCGGUGGCCAUGAGGCUACAGACCCCAAUGACUGGAAGAAGCGCCGGGAUGACGACCAGAAGAACGGCUUCAGAGAUCGCCGAGGUGGACGAGGUGGACGUGGCGGCCGUGGUGGCCGUGGCCGUGGCCGUGGAUUCCGCGGACGGGGAGGAAGGGGCGGACGUGAUCGCAAUGAUGGCGAAGGCCGAGAGGAAAGGAAGGCUCCUCAGGAGCCCUCCGCCCAUGAUGUCAACGGAGUCAAGCCUAGGAUUAACGUCGGAGACGCCCCCAAGGCCGCCUCGGAGGCUAAUGGAAAGCGAGCCCGUGAUGACGACGGUGCCACCGGACAGCCGCCCGCGAAGAAGGUGGAUGCUAAGGUCGAAGCUGCUCCUGCGGCGUAA